ACUUUAGCAGACUAUAAGAGCUCCCCAACUUUUUCCUUCAACCCAACUCAAAGUUGCUUGGAAUCCCGGAUACCUAGUUAUUUCUCCGAGAAUAAGCAACGCACACUUGGAAUUGUAUUUCACCCUCACGAGGGAAUAACGUCUUGGAUCGCACGCGCUUUCAGCAGACUUGAACGAGAUGCCCGAAGAGCCCGCGCGAGACUCCUCCAGCUCCCCCGUGUCUCCCGCGGACAGCCUCAGCAACAGCGAAGGAGAGCCCGACAGGCCACCGAAGAGGUGCGGAAGAAAAAGACGGUCGAGCAGGAAAAACGGGGAGGAUUCCGAUAGCUCGACCCUUGGGAAAAGGGGGAAAAAGUCUAGCAACAGCAGCAACAGCCCUCAGUCUUUUGAGGAGCUGCAGACGCAGCGCGUGAUGGCGAACGUGCGCGAGCGACAGAGGACGCAGUCUCUCAACGAAGCGUUUGCGGCUUUGCGCAAAAUCAUCCCCACUUUACCCUCCGACAAACUGAGCAAAAUACAGACGCUAAAACUCGCCGCCAGGUACAUCGAUUUUCUCUGUCAGGUUCUACAGAGUGACGAGCUGGACUCCAAGAUGGCAAGUUGUAGUUAUGUUGCUCACGAGCGUUUGAGCUACGCGUUCUCAGUUUGGAGGAUGGAGGGCGCAUGGUCCAUGUCUGCAUCUCACUAGUGCGCAGGGAAACUUUUUUUGUUUUCAAAUGGUGAAAGCCAAGAGCUGGGAAAACUCGAGGACCAAUGCGCCGACACAAUGCUAGAUUCCUUCAUAAUCUUGGGGAAAACUGCAAAUGUUCCAACAGAGGUCAUGGCUAUUAUCGAGAGAAGGCCACGGACAGCGAAUUGUUGCGCGUGCGCUGCAUAUGGACUUCCUCGCGAGUGUUAUUAUUGACGACGAAUGUUGGAAAUGUGUGCAUAUGCAUGUUUUUCUAUUUUAGUUUUUUGAAGACUCAGUUGUGCAUAGCUUUCUUGGAGAAAGUGAAAUUGCAUCACAAGGACUGUCGAUGAGAAGAUGGGGAAUGAAGCCUCUAGUUCGAAUCCUGUGCAAAAUGCAAAGUUUUAGUACAAUUCUAUUUAUUUAUUAAUGACACACUUUUUGAAAUGAAGGCAAAUGUAUCCUGUGUCGAAAUGCAUUCUUAUUUUUUUGUUACUUUUGUAAAUACAUGUAUAUUUCUGUAAUAAAGAUGAAGAACUUUUAAGAAAUAUA